UUGCGGUCCACUUCGCGACCUAUUUGAAACAGUAUUGUUUCGCAAUUUCCUAGUGUAUAUUGUUAAAUAUUGUUAUUGUUAGUGAGUGAUUUAAGUGUGUGCGAGAAGUGCCCAGAGAAAUGUAAGAGAAUUGAUUUUAAUUAAUGUUCAGCGAGGGAACGCGAUCCUCGUCUCCAUGGUGAUCUUGUUAUUAUUUGAUUGUUUGUGUGUGUGUCAGGGAGGCGGCGAUACGGAGAUGUCGAAGGACGGUAGGAUCCAGAUGAAGAUGUCCCCGAGCAAGAACUCGAGCCACGUGGUGGGAACGAGCAGCAAGUCUACAGCCCCCAAGUCCAUACUGACGUCGAAGGUGGCGGCCACCGUGAAGAUCAUCCACUACGGCGUCGACGUGACACCGAGGUUCAUCAAUCCGCUGAACUACAAGGGGGCCAAGGAGCGACCGAUGACCGAGAUGCACGUGAUCGCGGCAGCCGGUGGCGGCGGUACCUUCAGCAAACUCUUUCACACCGAGUCGACGUUGAAACUGCAGUCGGAGCUGCGACAGACGAGCACGCGUGGCGAGAGCUUCUACGGCGGUGGCGGCGGCGGUUACUCCAACUUCUCCACGGAACCGAGCCACGUGGACAAUCUGCUGAAUUCGGAGGAAUCGUUUCAGCCGCAGAAGGCGUACUCGGAAGGCUACCUGACACCGCUGCCCGACGUUGACGAUAUGCCUGGGUACAUCUCGCUCACCCUCCACGAGACGGACACGAUCAUCAUCUUCGAGAUGGGAAGCGCGACAGCUACCAAAGACACGCCAGAAGGUAUCGAAGCGGAGGCGGAGAACAAGCAGUACGAGUACAUCACCGUGGGUAAAGGAAAAAAUCGGAAGGUCGUGGAUGCGGAGGUUCAGACGACUUCGGUGCUGCAGAAAUCGCGAGAGACGGAUUGCAAGAGGAUGAGGCAAGCAGACGAUUACAGUUUCGCCUCGCUCUGGGACAUGUACGACACUUUUCAGGAUCAGGGCAACGCGAAGAAGAACGUGGUCUCGGUGCUUUCGUCGCUCUCUGUGGACAGCAUCGCCACCAACAAGGAGGAAAGGGAAUGGUUGGCGCUGACGAAGAGCGACGUGUUUCAGGAUGCCGUCCGCAUGAUGCAGCGGAUCUUGUCGAACAACGUCUUCGGUGAGGAGCAGAAGAGGUUCAGAGGGUUGAACGAUCCGAGCCCGUUCAGGGAGAACAUCGAGUUCAAGUACACUUUGAGCUUGAUGUGGACGUUCUCCAACGACGACACCAAAGGAAGAUGCGUGACUUGCCUAUGUUGGAAUCCGAAGAACAAAGAUAUCUUGGCUGUUGGAUAUGGUAAAUUCUUUUACGACGACGAAACCGAUGGGUUGGUUUUACUGUGGAACAUCAAGAACAACGUGCAGCCGGAACGGUACUACAGCUUUCCGACGCCUGUGACCUCCCUGGACUUUUCCAAGCAGUAUCCGAACCUUCUGGCGGUCGGCUUCUACGAUGGAUUCAUUAAAGUCUUGGACGUAAGCCAUGCCGAUUGUAAAUUGAUGGGGGUUUGCGAUAAACAGGCGUGUCAACUGUUUGAGCCCAUCUGGCAAGUGCACUGGUACACGGAUCACGACUACUACAAAGGUCAAGAGUUUCUGGCUGCGACGUGUCAGGAUGGGAAGAUCUUCAAGUUCUGCAUCAACCUGCAGAACGUGUUCAUGCUGCACAGCCACAUGAUGAAGAUCACCAUCGCCGAGGGUAAGCUGAAGGGCAUCGAGACGCUGCGGAAGUGCACCACGAAGAUAAUACCUUUGGCUAGACACUCGCCAGCGCUGAUCUAUUCGCCACAUCCCGUCGAUCCGAACAUCUACUACAUCGGCACCGGGGAGGGCGUCGUGCACACCUGCUCCAAGAACUACUUCCAUCAGCAUCUCGAUCUGUUCCUCGCGCACGACGGGCCGAUGUACAACAUCGUGCACUCGCCGUUCUGCAAUAAACUUUUCCUGACGUGCGGCGACGAUUGGGCGAUCCGUCUGUGGGCGGACACAAUUUCGGAGCCGCUCUUCGAGAUCAAAAAGAAGAUGGCCGGGGUGCAGGGCGUGUCCUGGAGCCCCUCCCAUUCGACGAUCAUCGCCAGCAUCUCCGGUUCGGAGAUCUUCGUGUGGGAUCUGCAACGGAAGACGUACGAUUCGCAGAGCACGACGAACUCUCCGACGAAGUCGCGCAACACCAUCAUCGAGUUCACGCACGACGGCAGAUGUCUGCUCGUCGCGGACAUCGACGGAAACGUGCACGUCUUCGCCUUGGACGACAUGCCGUUUCCUGCAUUCUUCCAAGAGAAUUUGCUCACGCAGAGCAUCAAGCGCGCUCUGGUCACCAGACCGGAUCUUCUAAAUAGGAUAGACAAAUUGGGCAGUCUCAACUACGACUCCGCCCAAUACGAAAAGUACAAAUGA